AUGAAGAGUUUUGGAGACGGGGCAGAUCACACACAUGAUGCUGUAGUGAAGGGAAAUAUAAACAGGGAGUUGUUUAACGUCUCUGGAGUAGAGCAGAAAGUCAAUGUAGACGGAGCACUAUCGGCACGGGUGGUUCCUUUAAAUUGCGAGGACUUGGCACAAAUGGAGGACCAUGACGCGGGCGACGUUCUGGACUAUGACGAUGACAAUGUAACAACCAAUCAUAAAGUGGAGUUCAAAGGAGGUGAGUGGAAGGCUGUUAUGGAAAAACAUUAUGAUGAGCUUUACGCGGUCUUUCGAAGUUCUACUGCAAAUGCAUUGGGACUCCUUGAAGCGGAUGUCUUUGGAAUUUCUUUCUCCAUCGGUUCGCUUGUGGCACAGUUUUCAAUUCGACAUCCCUUAUCAUUUUCGGCAAGUAAUAUAGACCAGGCACUUGUUACAAACGACUACGCAGAAGUAUGGGCUCUAUACUAUAAAGAGGAAAAAAGACAUGAAAUGUCUCAAUUAGCUACAUCAGAAAGUCUGUUAACAUCCUCAAUGUCACCAAAGAAAAUUCAACGAAAUAUUACAGAUCGUCAAUGGAUUGAAAGAAACAUCAAGGAUAAAGGCACUCACGAUAUAAGUAUUCAUCCUACGGCGAGAGAAAGCUGUUGUGUUCAACACACUGUGCGACAUAGCAAUCUCGCUAGUGCUUCCGCAUAUUACAAAAAAAAGUUUCCGGGAGAAUUAUGGGGGUCUAUUCUCAAAGACCACAAUGAAGAGCUUCAAAGAGCAAUCGAACGUGACUUUUCUGAUGCCACAAGUAUUGCUGGGAAGCUUAAAACAACGACUCUACAUUGA